CUGCAAUCUCUCGCUGCAGUCUUUGUUUCGUUGCAUACGUCUGCGAACCCUUUCAUAGUCGGCUUGAAUCCCUUCCUUACUGCUGCUUCCAUACUGCACAUCCACUGUGGUCCCGGAGACCCUGCAGAUCUUCCGAGCUAUGGCUCCGCAGCUAAAUCUGGGCUCCCACGCCCUCCUCAUCCUGGGCCUCUUGCUCGUCCUGCUCCCGACUCACACCUACGCCUUUGGCGCCGGAAAUAUCGCUUCUAUCUCCGCGGUGGAGGGCAAGAACUGGCGUCAUGGAGAUAUCGAGGACAUGCUCAAGACGGUCGCCUUCAUCAAAGGCCAUAAAUGGACCUCAACUAUGGUCAAGCGCGUCUACUUCGGGAACUGGCUGCGUGACUACUCGCAGGCCAUGGAUGUCGGUACCCUCAAGAGCCUCCCGGCUGACACCAUCCGUAUCCUCGUUUGGAUCCUGUCCUUCAUGACUUUCGGAUAUGCAACGGCUGAGUUUGAGGUAACCUCCGAAAGAUUGGGCGUCUACCGCCCUGAGGAACACAUCGACAACCCGAAGGAUUAUGCCGACAAUCAGGAUGCGCGCCAGUAUGAUAAACGCUUGCGAGGGCCCAUCCGCCCGGUGGAACUCGAAAUCGACCCGGAAACCGGCAUGAAGAACUACAUCGCCAAUGAACGUGGAGACUGGACUACCAGCUCUGCAUAUAUCAAGUACAGCUUGGCUCGGAGCAUUCACUAUGGACGCACAUACACUCACGGCAGAGACAAGGGCAACGAGGCAGACCUUUGCGAGGCCCUGCGGUGCCUGGGUCAGGGCCUCCACACUUUGGAAGACUUCGCAGCACACACCAAUUACUGUGAGCUUGCACUCCGCGAGAUGGGCUUUAAGAACGUCUUUCCGCACACGGGUGUCAACACGGAGUCGAACGUUCGUGGCCAUCGGGUCUUUCCGCUUGUGACGGGAACCUUCGGUAUGGUGGACUUCUUCCAUUCCGUUCUGGGAGAAGCCACCGACCAUUUCACCCAGUCAGAAGUCAAUGAGAUGGAUAUCGCCCUUGGCGAUGCCCAAAAUAACUCGUCUGCUAACGCUCUUGGUGCAUUCACGAAUCUGUUGGGCGGCAUCCCAGGAACGAAGGAUCUCGUUGAAGAGGCCGAGGAGCUCAAGCGUCGCUCGGAGGCUCAGGCAUCUGCGAAUCGGAGCAGUGGUGCUCGCGAAGGAUAUGGUGCUAGCAAAACUUUUGCUAGCGGAUAUGACUCUCAGCGCUCUCGAGGCUUUGAUGAGUUCGAGUCGCAGCUUUCGCGGGGCUUCGAUGACGUCGGGUCUCAGCGCUCCCGGGGCUUCGACGACAACGAGACAAGCAACUACAGGGCCGGCGAAUCCGCACGGCCCCAUUCAAGUGGGGAAUCUGGUGGAUCAGGGCUGCCAGACUUUGAUGCGAACAAGACGAUUAAGCAGAUCUAUCCCAUUCUCGAAUUCAGAGACAAGGUGGUUCGCAAACUUACCUCGAUCAUCGAGAAGAUUCCCGGGCUGGAGGCUGUUGUUGAGAAGAUCACGGAGACUCUGACUGUUUUCAUCAUGUCUCUCCUUGCCCCAUUCAUCCGUCCCAUCAUCAAUGCUGCUUCCAAGUCGCUGCAAGCCGGCUCUUCUGGCGUGAUUGAUGCUUCCGGCCAGCAUCAGUACGAGCCCUGGACGGAUCCUGAUUGUACCGAUCCCACCCACUCUAUGUUGUCCAAGGAUCACUUUGCCAACAUCCUCAACGAGCCCGCUGGUCAGGUUGCUUCUGCUAUUCUCAAGUACGUGGCGCCGCGUGUCCUCCGUGCUUGGGAGAAUAUCAACAUCUCGGAGGAUCAAGUCGUAGAGGAUUGCUUGAAGGUGUUCCACCACCCUGCUCUUCGAGAUAAUCGGAACGAGGCUCAUCGGAGUAUGUUCGAAGCCGUCGAGUCUUGGGUCCAGUCCAGAUCCGACAGAGGCUCAGGACUCAACGACAUCCUGAGCGCUGAAGGUGUGAGGGCAGGCAAGAACACAGGCGGUGUCCCUCACACUCAUGGCGGUAGUGGGAACAAUUCUGGACACUCUCAGCAGCAACGUCCUCCUUCCUCGCAGCAGCAGCAGCAGGGUACUAGUUCACCGUUUGGAAAUCUUUCCAACCUGCCCAUCCCUGGCAUCUCGAAUCUCGGUAAUCUUAACAGUGCUUUCUCCAACCUGAUGGUCGGCGGCUCGUCGAGAAAUGAGGAUUCCGCGCAGGCUGAGGGCUCAGCAUACCAGACAUCCUAUUCGAGCCAACAGCAAUCUUAUCAAUCUCAGCAACAGUACCAGGGACAGUCCUAUUCCAGCUAUGAGCAGUCGUCAUAUCCCCAUCAGCCAUCGCGUCCUUCGUACGCUGAACAGACCCCUGGGUAUGAAGGAUCCUAUGGGCGACCUCGUCCUCAAGAACAGCGGCCAGCCUACUCUGGGCAGUCCUAUGGUUCUUACGAGCAGUCUCGUCCUUAUGAGUCGCGUUCAUCGGACCCCAGCAGCCAAGGUUACGACUACGACCGCCCUAGCGAGGAGUCCCACCAUCACCACCAUCAGCAACGCCCCUCCCACUCCAAUCAAGGGUAUGAAUAUGGAGAGUCGGAUGGCGGCCACCAUCACCGACACGGUGACCACCAUCACCCCCCUGGACCUCCUCCCCCUGGCCCGCCAUAUGGCGGUUAUGGGGGCAAUGGCUACAGCGGUGGCUACAAUCAGGGCUAUAGCUCGGGUGAGUACCGCUACUGAGCGGGCACCGCAG